UGUUCAAAUCGUCUCUCUCUCUCUCUCUCUCUCUCUCUCUCUCUCUCUCUCUCUCUCUCUCUUUUCUGUGAAUGGAAAUGUGUGUCCAGUGCUUCCGCAGAAACGUUUGCUUCCUCCGAUAAAUUUUCCACCCACUUUUCUGCAGAAUACCUAUCAAUCACCGGAUCUAUCUCUGCAGGCAGCCAACACUCAACAUGCUUCGAUCAUUAGCCAGAGGCUUCAAGAACCUGGUCAUCCAUGAUUCUUUGGCUAAGCAUGCAAGAUCUUAUUCCAUGCCCACUUCUAAAAGGUUAGAAGGUAAAGUAGCCCUAAUAACUGGGGGUGCAAGUGGGCUUGGCAAGGCCACUGCCCAUGAAUUCAUUCAACAUGGAGCCCAAGUCGUAAUUGUCGAUAUUGAUUCUGAGUUGGGCCAAAAUGUUGCCAAUGAUCUGGGCCCUGCAGCCCAUUUUGUCCAGUGUGAUGUUUCUGUGGAGGCCCAAGUAAAAGAAGCCGUAGAGAUUGCGGUUGCGCGUCAUGGUAAACUCGACAUAAUGUACAACAACGCCGGGAUAACAGGUCCGUCCGUACCGCCGAGCAUCGUAGACCUCGACCUUGGAGAGUUCGACAGGGUAAUGCAAGUCAACGUUCGGGGCACGAUUGCAGGAAUAAAGCAUGCAGCCCGAGUAAUGAUACCCGCGGGCUCCGGGUCCAUUCUAUGUACAUCUAGCAUAUGUGGGGUAUUGGGUGGGCUUGGCCCACAUUCAUACACAAUAUCAAAAUAUACAAUGCCUGGGAUAGUGAGGUCAAUAGCAAGUGAGCUAUGCAGAAAUGGAAUAAGGAUCAAUUGCAUUUCACCAGGCCCAAUUCCAACUCCGCUAUCAGUGAGCCAAAUAGGCCAAUUCUACCCUGGAGCUACAAGGGAGAAGAUAGUUGAGAUUAUAAAUGGUCUUGGAGAGCUGAAGGGGGCAAACUGUGAAGAAAUCGAUGUGGCCAAGGCUGCCUUGUAUUUGGCAUCAGAUGAAGCAAAGUACAUAACUGGUCACAACCUUGUUGUUGAUGGAGGAUUCACUUGCUUUAAAAGUCUCAGCUUCCCUGCUCCUGAUGAAAUUGUGUAAUAUUUGGCAUUUUCUUAAAUGUUUAGCUCAUUCUUCUUGUUUCUUAAUAAAAAAAACUAAAAUAAUAACUUUUUUCAUAAUGAGAACAUUCCGCUUCUUGCAUUCA